AUGACCUCCAUGACCGAUCCUGUUCUCACUCUUCCCUACGAUGACUUCAAAAAGGAACUUGAUCAGGCUUUGGCCGAGAUUGAAUACGCGUCGAACCGAAUCAGCGAUCUAGGCAAUGGGCGUUUGAACAAGCUCAACAACACGUUCGUCCUCCUCACCGUUCUUGGAUAUUUACCGGCGGCCAUGGCUAACCUCGAAUUUCUUGAAGAGCCCUACUAUGCAUUCAUUCUAUGCAUCACGUUACUAGGAGCCUGUACAGCUUACUGCCUAUACUACAUCAUGCAAUAUUAUGCAAUGCCGGAACUACUGAGAUAUCUCGCCCACAAGGUGGUAGAUUCAGCCAAUGCCACGGGAGAGGAUGAUCGCUUUUACCCAGCAACAAGUGACAUGCAAGUAAGGGUACUACGUGAAACCAAAGAAACCGCCAAAGAAGCCCGUACAACAUACAUGAGCCUUACUCGUCGUCGCAAUGUGGUAGAUGGUGCCUGCCAGGUUAUCAUUUGCAUCAUUUCUUUGGUGCUUGUUAUUUUAUUGAUCCAAGGUGAAAAGACUGAGGAAUUCGAACAGCCCCAGUUGGCCGAGCUUGUUUUUACUGUUUGGAUGUUUGUCGCCAAUAUUGUACUUGCUCUCUUGUAUGCUCACAUCUCUACUCGUAAACGCAACAAGCGGCUACAACAAACUGCCAACAUUGCCGAGAAAGUUGCCAAGGAUUGGUUAGACCAUGUACAGCAACAAGACAAAAAGGAUGCACCACGACGCGCUGAUGAUAACGUAUGA